GUGUGAUAAAACCAUUAAGAUAGCGAGGCGCGUGCCAGUCUAGAGGGCGCUCUCAUCUCGGUGUCACGGGCAUCCUCUCGUUUACCUCACGUGGCUGCCGCUUCUACAUGUCGUUGCUGCAGCUAUAAGCAAGCCAAUGUGUACUUAAUGUGAUUCAAUCAUUAAUAUUGUAGAAGUGGCUAUUAUUAUAAAACGUGACGAAAUUCCACGUGUUUUUUUCAUUUAAUGGACGUUAUUUUCACUCGUAAAUUUUGGUGUGUGCCCGAGUGCCAUUUAAACUAUGAAUGCGCCUGCCGUCUGUAGCAGUGAGGCCCUGUGGCCCCAGUCUAUGGGGUCGCCCGGUGAUCAGGCGCAACUGCUGUCGCCCAAGUCCAUGGACGGCGGCGUGUCUCUGCUUCGGGACUCAAGAUUUCUUGCAGCUUCACAGGCGAAUUUCUUUAGUGUUGGCGGGUUGGUGCACAGGACAAUGGAGAAUGCGGACGGAAUUCAUUCUGUCGAUAACAAUUUUUACGACUCUCCGCUUCAAGAAUCAGAGUCAUUAGUCGAUCGAACGUUUCUUGAUCGGCACAUUCAAAAUCGUCCAUAUCCUGUCGAACGACAGUCCAUAGUAGAUCGAGGAUUGUUAGAACGUUUAUCUGCUGAUCGUUGGACAGAGAACCGGUCUGGAAUUCGUCUUAUUGAUCGUUCUGUCCUUGAAAGAUCACUCAUUGAACAAUCAAUUCUGGAGAAGCAAGUUCAGGAGCGCAAUAACACUUUCAACGUCGACAAAGCGAAUAAUGCUAGAAUAGCUCAGCAAUAUCCUUUCUUUUUCUUUCCUCAACAACAUCCGGGCUUUCCUCAAUUAAAUCCUAGCUCCACUGAAGAUUUGAUGCGUUCGCACUCCACCAAUAGCGUUAUUGAAGAAAUAGAAUCCAAGCCAGUCAUCGAUAAUAUCAAUUUAUCUAACUACCAGUUAAAUAUGCUACCCAAGAGUGAAGAAAUUGACCGAUCUGAUACAAACGAAGCAGGAAAAUCUAUCGACUCUCUGGAAUCGCCGAUGAAUUUCGAAGAAUGUCCAGUAGGUGAGAUAGAGGCACAUGAAAAUCAGCCGACUGAAUUCCCGGCCAAACGAGAACCAGAUGAAAAUUAUUCUGCAGAACCCAGCUGUCACACUUCAGGAGUUGUUAUAGAGGGACAGCCAACUGAGGAUAAAGUUCCUGAGAACGAUGAACAUAAAGCCACUGAGUCCGAGAAAAGAGACGGAGGUGAUAAUGAUGACUCGGAAAACGCAGAUAAGAAGAAUGGUUUAGUGAAGCCUCCAUACUCGUACAUAGCUUUAAUUACAAUGUCAAUUCUCCAGGCACCUAAAAAACGAGUGACGCUCAGUGAAAUUUGUGAGUUCAUAAUGACCAGAUUUCCGUACUAUAAAGCCAAGUUCCCAGCAUGGCAAAACUCAAUCAGACACAAUCUUUCUCUUAACGAUUGUUUCGUUAAGGUUCCUCGAGAACCAGGAAAUCCCGGAAAAGGCAAUUACUGGACGUUAGAUCCUGGAGCAAUCGACAUGUUCGACAACGGUUCAUUUCUGCGGAGGCGCAAGCGUUACAAGCGACAACCCUCGUUGGAUUUUUUCAACGACCCUCACGUGUUUUCGUUGUUUGCAUCCGGUAUGAUGGAUCCCUUCCAGCAGCAGCAGCUUCAGCAGGCUGCAGCCCUGCUACGCCCUCCUCACCCGAUGCUCGUCAGGCCUCCCAUGCAUCAGAGCAUCGUCCCUCACCCGAUAUACUUGUCUCAGCUCGGUGGACUUCCCUUUGGAUUACCACCAUUUGACAUCAGUCGACACACUAGACCUCUAAUGCCACUGCAGGGAACUGCAAGUGCCGCAGGAGGUCCCCUUCUCCACCCAACUCCUGUGAAGCCCUUACCCUUACCAGCACCAGGCAUGACGCAACAAAGUCUUGGUCUUGACAAACUAAGGGCUGUGUAUCCGUCCUCACCUGCUUCCCCGCCUCAAGGAGUCACUCAGGCCAGGCCUUAUCAUCCCUUCACGAUCGCCUCACUGAUUGGAAACGACGUCGGUGAUCGAACAGAAGAAGAAAACGGAGACACGUCCGUCUCUCCAACAUGCUCCAGUCCGUCUCCAAUAUCACCGUCGUCUUCUAAAUUGAGCAUCCCCCUCACACCAACCUCCAGUCAAGAUUGUCACGUUCCUUAUUCAGCAUCUUCGUCUUUUUCAAGUGCUUCUUUGUUGUACACAGCUAUUCCUUCUUCUUCCCCUCCAUCGCUGGAGGUUACAACUCCAUCUUCAAUUAAUCUCUCCGGCCUUCAGGGUUCGGUCGGGCGGCUCUCACCUCCGGUGUCUGCGGCCAACCUCUCCGCCACGACCAUGGCGCUUGACAAGCGUCCCUUCUUACACGCGUCACUCUUGCACUCAAUGGCCCAGUAAUCAUUUGUCACUAUUUUUAAGAAAAGUUUAAAAUAUUUAUUUUAUAAUUUUCUAGUAAAUUGGGAGAAAAUCAUUCGUAAUCGUGCAAGUCGUGAAGAUGAAAACUUGGUGAGAUAGCUCUUCUCUGUUGUGCAUUUUUUUCGCAAAAUAAUUUGUUGUUAACUCCUCAAUGCACUGAUUUUCGUUUUACAUAGUUUCGUGGUUUCUA